AUGAUGGGAAAUUGGGAAACUUGUGAACAACUCCGUCGGAAACGAAGCCUACAGGUGGAGCCAAAUCUCCAAUUUGGACAGGGCCGUGCAGAACUCCCUGUGUGCCCACAAUUGAACGUUAUAAAGCAGUCAAAUCUCGAUAAAGACACAGUUGAUGAGGGAUACUGCCCCGAAGCUCCAUAG